AGACGCUCAGGAGCUGCACAGCACCCAAACACCUGGACUUCACUGGUUCGCCUCCUCCUUUGAGGGCACAAGAGGAAGAGCGCCGACGUUUUCACAAAUGAUCUCAAAGUUUUAGCAACUGUGGUUGGAUGGACAACCUCCCAGCGGUCAGAACCGUCAGUUCAGGUGGAGGCGCUGUAGGAAACAGCAAAGUGGUCACAAAAUCAGUAACAACUACUCAACUGACAUCACAAAGUGAUAUUUCAGGAGGAAGAGGUUCAGGUGGAGGUUCCGGAGGCUCCAGUAGGUCUGUUCUGACCUCAUCCAGCAGCUCCCAUCACAGUGGACUCAAAAAGCGAGGGGGCUCCGGGGGCACUGGUGCUGUAGCUGUGUCCUCAGGAGGGUUUAGUACAGCGUCAGGGGCAGUAGAGGGGUUCAAAGCAGCUGGAGGGGGCUCUUCCAGCAUGUCACAAAGCUUUGCAAGUGCUGGCAAAGACGGAAAAAGGGAAGCUGGUCUGGGAGCUGUGACAGUUUCCACAGUGACCAAGUCCAGCUACAGUUCAGGAGGAGCUGGGGAGGCCAAGAGAGGUCCACUGUCUCCAAGUGCGUACUCCCUUCAGUCAAAGGAGAGGAAGAGUGCCAGCACCACAGCUGCAACGAUGCUGGAUGUAUUUGAUGAAAGCUCCAGUAGAGAAUCUUCUCCUGAGUACAACAGGAAGGAGUACGGCAGUUCAAGCGCAGCAUCCAGUUUGCCCACCAGAGGGAGAGCUCAGAGUAGAGAGAGCGAGAUCAGAGCGAGGCUUCAGAGCGCCUCACCUCCAGCCCGAUGGACGGAGCUUGAUGAUGUGAAGCGUCUUCUGAGAGGAAACCGCUCCACCAGCACCAGCCCGCCCCAGUCUCCCAACAACACACUGCCCAUCCCCAAGAAGGCCAGCGUGGAAACCAGAACCUUGUCUGACAGUUCCCCAGAUCAGUACAACGGCAUGUGGUCCGGAGACGCGGGUGUUGGUGGAUAUGGAUACAACACAAAUCCCAAUAACUUUUCCACUACCGCCCCUCUUUACCAGUCAGGAGUUCAGAACAACCUAACCCAUGGGUUCCCCUCGGUGAACACGGGACUUCCUGCCAGUGGCUCCGCUCCAGUUUACGGCGUGCAGAACAACCUGGGGGGUACGAGUCAGCCGGUCUUCUAUCCGCCUGGAAGCGGCCCACAAAUUGUUUACGGUGUGCAGAAAAACGUCUCUGGAUCGAGUUCGAGCGCAGCGAGACCCAGCAGCUCGGCCAAUCACGAGGCUGCGCUGAUUGAGAAGGAAAAUGCUCCAUUCAAGAAGGAGACGGAGCGGCUCGUCAUGGACAAAGACACCGGGAAGCAGUUCAUGACUGAAGCACCUUCCAUUCAUUCUGCUUCGUACUCUGAGGAUUCUCUGAAGCGGGAGAAACAGAAGCUGGUCUCCAGUUCCGGAGAGGAUGGAGUCGUUGCCAAAACUUCAACUCCCAAGACCAGCACAAAAGACAAAGCUACAUAUGCAGAGAUUCAUACGGAUAAGGCCGGCUUCGGUUUGUGCUCCUGCUGCAGCUGGUGGAAGUGGCUGCUGGGCCUCCUGCUCAGCCUGCUGCUUCUCUUGGGCCUCCUGUGUGGCCUCAUCGCACUGGGAGAAGAGGUAAAGCACCUGAAGAACCGUGUGAAGACCUUGGAAACUCCGUCCAGGCAGUCAGCCAGUUCAAGUCGCCUGUCGGACCCCUCUGGUGUUAAGAUCAUUGACCCGCUGGAUGCGAUAAACACUGAGAGGAGCUCUGAAAACCACAUCAACCCAGAACAGGACAGCGCUGCCCUCCAAAGGACAGUUCAGCAGCUGGUCCGAGCUGAACUCCACUCCAGCACAGUGAGAGAAACAUUAGCCUUCUCUCUGAAAGGGGAACGAGGACAACCGGGACCCAAAGGUGACCCAGGACAACUGGGACAAAAAGGUGAAGGCGGAUUACCAGGGCUGCCAGGUCUUCCUGGGCCGAUGGGUCACCCAGGGGUGGAUGGACCAAGAGGACCGAAGGGGAGUGCAGGUGAACCAGGUCCAGAGGGACCAGCAGGCCAAAGGGGGCGAGAGGGACCAGUGGGCCCCCGAGGGGAACCAGGACUGCCUGGUGUGGGGGAAAAAGGAGAUAAAGGAGUUCAAGGUGAACAAGGACGUCCCGGUCCUGCUGGUGCUCCCGGGUUUGUGGGUCCAAAAGGUGCCACAGGUGAACCAGGUGUUCCAGGAAAUCCAGGCGCUCCUGGUCAAAAGGGUUUCCAUGGUGAAGCUGGUCCUCCAGGAACCAAAGGUGAUCGAGGAACAGCAGGGGUUCCAGGAUCUAAAGGAGACCAAGGAGAAAGAGGACCACGUGGACCAGCAGGUGAACCUGGACAACCUGGACCACAAGGCCCUGCUGGACCAAACGGAGCCAAGGGAAGUGCUGGUGAAUCUGGUUCAGUGGGUCUUCCCGGUCCCAGAGGACCACCUGGACUGCCUGGAGACAACGGUCCUCAAGGUCCUCCAGGCGUGCAAGGAUCUCCAGGUAUUCCUGGAACCCCAGGACUACCUGGUGGUAAAGGUGAACCAGGAACACCUGGUAAAAUCAUCGGUCCAAUCAGCUCCGAUCAGGUGGUUGUCCCUGGACCUCCAGGUCCAGCUGGUCCCCCAGGUCCUGCUGGAAAUCCUGGACUAUCUGGUCCCGUUGGUCCUGCUGGGAUCCCAGGGCAGCCUGGUCCCAAGGGAGACAAAGGAGAAACGGGAGAAAGAGGACAAAGGGGAGAAAGAGGGGAAAGGGGGGAGAAAGGCCAACGUGGUGAACCAGGCAUCAGCGUCACGCCAGAAAUUGACUCACGAAUCAACAAGCCUGUGGUUGGACCUCCUGGUCCACCAGGCCCCCCAGGACUCCCUGGUCCACAAGGUCCUCCUGGUCAAGGUAAACAAGGUCCACCAGGCCCCCAAGGCUCCCCUGGUCAGCCAGGUGUGGGUGCACCAGGACCUAAAGGAGAUAAGGGAGAACCUGGUAGUUUUGUGCCCACAUCAGAAAGCUUCUUUGCUGGACCACCAGGACCCCCUGGGCCUGCAGGACCACAAGGUCCACCAGGUGACACAGGACCACAAGGAUACCAAGGUGAACCUGGACAGCCGGGUCUUCCAGGCCUUCAAGGAGAACCAGGUUUCCCAGGACCAACUGGACCUCAAGGGCCACCAGGAGAUGAUAGCUCAUAUGCUCCCGGGCCUCCAGGUCCACCAGGCCCACCUGGUCCGCCUGGAUCUGGAUCAUCUGAUGUGGGACAGUAUCUAACAGAGUACCUUCAAAGUGACGCUCUCAGACAGUACCUGGUAGGUCCUCCUGGGCCUCCUGGACCUCCAGGAGAACCGGGCUCUCCUGGGUCUUCAGAAGAAGGGAUGAUGGAUAAUGUUGCCAGUCGAGUUAUCAGCUACAUUCAGAAUUCUGCUCCACCUGCACCCGUCUCUGUCAGUGACAUCAUCAACCUUCUACAGCGAGAUGAUGUGAGAGCAUACAUUGCUGGUCCGCCUGGUCCUCCAGGACCUCCGGGACCACCGGGUCUAGGCGGCUACAGCUACGGCACUCAAGAUAUCGCUGAGCGGGUCUUUGCAUUGAUGAACGAGAGGGGAGCGGUCGGACCUCCUGGACCCCCAGGUCCCCCUGGUAUUCCUGGAGGCAUCAUAGGAAGUUGGUAUCCAACUCAACUGGGGCCUCCCGGACCUCCAGGACCUCAAGGACCUCCAGGUCCGCCAGGAGAUCCUGGUCCUCCUGGGCCAGCAGGCCCACCCGGAUUUGGAACAUACCUCAGCUCAGACAUACGCGACUACCUGCAGAAUGUUGCUCUCACAGGACCACCAGGCCCUCCAGGCCCACCUGGAGCUGAAGGCCCUCCUGGUCCAUUUGGUAGCUUGGUCUCAUAUAAUGACCACGACAGAAGAGAGAAGCUGAGACCUGAACGCCAAGACUACGCUGGGGGCCAUGGUGAUUUACAUGAAGCCAUGUUUGGCCAUCCCCAACCGGGCCCUCCAGGACCCCCAGGGCAAAAGGGAGAGCCAGGAUUGCCUGGUGUGACAGACUGGAGCACAGAUGCGAUCGACUACUCUGGAGUGGCUUUAAAAGUAACCGAUUACAUCAAAUCCAACGGUUUGCUUCUUGACGUAAUGAAGGACAACAGCCACAUUUUCAAAGGACCUCCAGGACCACGAGGGCCCCCAGGUCCUCCAGGCUACAGCCGACUGUAUGGUUCCCAUGGAAACGCAACCGAUCUGAUGGAGAUCAUCAAAACUCAUGGAGCCGUUGUGGGACCACCGGGACCACCCGGGCAGAAAGGUGACAGGGGGCUUCCAGGACCAAGAGGGGAAAAAGGUGAAUCCGGCUCUACUGGACCUCAAAGACGUCACAGAAUCCAUGGAGAAAGAGAUGCCGAAGGACUUCAUGGAUUUUAAGGAUUUCCAGGACAGAAGGAAGACCUGAAGUCAUCCGACAGAGUCUGCGGCUCUCAGAUGAAGAAACGCAGAUGAUUUGCAGUCAGAUGUCUUCAGAUGAACUGAAAGGUUUUUAUUUUCUUGUCAUGAGUGAAUUUAUGAAAAUGAUUUUCAAACCUUUUGAGGUAAAUACUUUAUUUACAACAAAACCAACAUUACAAGAAAUCUAGAAACUAUACACGUUUUAAAAAUGCAUGACUUUGAUAUGUUGUGUUAUUUUAGCAAACAUUUAGAGUUGAGGAACCCCGUCUGGUUUGUAAUUAUGAGGGGUUUUUUGCUUCACUGUUUGUUCCUUCAUGUUUUUUCGUUUUUGUAAAUAAAUCCUAAAGAAAAUGUGAUAAAAAAGGAACCGGUUUGACAUAAAUCAGCUUGACUUUCAAAUAAAAAGAGGAAAAGAGAAAAACUUGUUUGAGUUUUACUUUAAAAAAGCAGCUCACCAGGAGCGUUACGGCCUUUAACCUCUGGAGAAAACAAUAAGACCCUCGCCUUCAAUUUGUUUUGCUAUUGUCUGCAUUAAAAAUACGACAGUUAUAGGGCCACCCAAAAAAAAAAGCAAAA